AAGAAUUAUGUAACUUCUUACCCCACUUAUGGAACAUAUGGUGCAUAUGGAACAGGGCAUUUAUCUAAUUUUAACCAACAUCAAGGAUUUGGCAUGCAAGGGCAUUCAGUUCAACAUUUUGGAAAUUUACACGGAAACCAUCUUCAUUACGCUAAAGACCAUCGUUAUGGUCAUAAUUUUAUGGAUCAUUUUGGAAGUUCCCAAUUCAAUAAUCACAUUGACAAUUUUAAUCAUCACCUUAACAAUUUGAAUAAUCAUUUUAAUAACCAUCACUUCAAUACUCACCAUCAUAUCAAUAAUAAUAACUUUGACGAUCAUUUCAAUUCAAUUUUAAACCAUAAACUUAAUCAUAACAUUGAUGUUCACACAAACUUUGGUAAUCUUCAUGGUGCUCAUAACACAAUACGCAUCCCAACACCUUACUCAGUUCCUGUACCUAUAGAUCAUCCCGUUCCUGUUCCAAUUCAAGUACCAGUACCAAUAAAAGUUGAUCAACCUUAUCCGGUUCAUGUACCGCAACCAUAUCCUGUACAUAUUGAUAAACCAAUUCCUUAUAAAGUUGAAAAAACUGUCCCGAUUCAUAUUAAUAUACCAUAUAAAGUACCUGUUCCAAUUAAAGUACCCGUUCCAAUUCAAACGCCUUAUCCUGUACAUGUGCCACAUCCGGUUCCUGUUCAUAUUCAGGAACCAGUUAUUGUAAAAAAACCUGUUCCCAUUUUAAUUAAUGGAGAUUCAAGGUUUGACGGAUUUGGAUUUAAAGGAUUUCAUGGUAUUGAUCACCACGGAUUCGAUAACCAUGGGUUUGGAUCUUUUCACCAAUAUGGACACGUAGUUCAUCAUUAA